CUCCACUCCCCAAUCCUCCCAAUCACAUCAAAAUGGCAGCCGGACGAAGUGCAGCACUCAAGCUCGACUGGGCAAAGGUCACCCAAUCCCUUGGUCUCCGAGGCCAAACGGCCGCCUCCCUCCAGGCCUUCAAGAAGCGCAACGAGGACGCCCGCCGCCGGGUUCAGAUCCUUUCCGAGCAGCCAUCGAAGGUCGACUUUGCGCACUACAAGUCUAUCCUGAAGAACCAAGCUGUGGUCGAGGAGAUCGAGAAGCACUUCUCCACAUUCAAGCCUGCGACCUACGAUGUUGGCAGACAGAUCAAGGCCAUUGAGGCUUUCGAGGCACAGGCUGUGAAGAAUGCCGAGGAGACUAAGGGACGUGUGGAUAUGGAGUUGAAGGAUUUGGCUGCGACGUUGAAAAAUAUCGAGGAGGCGAGACCAUUCGAGGAUCUCACUGUGGACGAAGUUGCUGCUGCCCGCCCAGAUAUCGAUGAAAAGACAUCCCAACUCGUUUCCAAGGGACGCUGGUCUGUACCAGGCUACAAGGAGAAAUUCGGCGACCUCUCGUUGCUGUAGACGGUUCCCUCGCAUCCUUUCCUAUGUCCCCUGUACUAGUGUAAAUAGUUGGCCGAUAGAAGAGCAAACACAGAUGGUAUUCUCAGUCUACAGGUCUUCUCUAAUUGGAAUAACGUCCACCUCGAUUAGAACAUUCAGAGAUCUACAGAAUGUGAAAUGGACGAGCAAUUGGCUGUAGCCAGCACGGGUACCAAAUUAUGACAAGUAUUCUGUAUGCCACGAGAAUCAGAACAAGAAG